AUGGUAUCGGAGGACACCGAAGUGACCAGCGACUGGAACAACAGCAUCGAGUUUCUGAUGUCUUGUAUCGCGAUGUCUAUCGGGUUCGGCAACAUCUGGCGGUUUCCGUUCACCGCGUACGAAAACGGCGGCGGUGUUUUCCUGAUACCGUACGUGAUCGUUCUGUUUCUCGUCGGGAAACCGUUCUAUUACUUGGAAAUGAUAAUGGGACAAUUCUCCACGUCCUCCUCGAUCAGAGUUUGGAACGUGUCGCCUGCUUUCGUCGGUGUUGGUUGGGCACAAUUCUGUUCCAACGUUGCCCUAAUGACUUACUACAGCUCUCUGAUGUCGCUGACAUUGUACUUUUUGAUCGCGUCCUUCUCUGCCGAGCUGCCUUGGUCGAAAUGCAGGGAGGAAUGGGGUAAAUACUGCGUGGACUCGGGCAAAAAAUUGAACGUCACGGGCAACGGUACCAUCUUCGACGAAAGGACAGGGGAAACCAACGUGUUUCGCUUGUUGUUGACCGACGAACAGUACAGAAGCUCGGCCGAGUACUAUUUCACAAAAGUCGUUCUUCAGGAGAAAGACAGUAUCGACGACGGGAUCGGUAUGCCAGAUUGGAAACUGACUCUUUGCCUGCUCGGCAGUUGGCUGUCCGUGAUCCUGAUUACAUUCCAAGGUGUGAAGAGUUCGGGGAAAGCUUCCUAUUUCCUGGCGAUCUUCCCUUAUAUUAUUCUGAUCAGCCUUCUGGUCAGGGCAGCAACGCUGGACGGUGCUGGGAACGGGAUCUUGUAUUUCGUCACGCCGAAAUGGUCAAAGCUGUUCGAUCCGACUGUUUGGUACGCGGCCGUGACUCAAUGCUUCUUCUCGCUGUCCGUCUGUUUCGGAACUAUCGUCAACUAUUCGUCGCACAACGAUUUCAAACAUAACAUUUACAGGGAUGCGAUGAUCGUGACCAGUCUCGAUACGGUGACGAGUCUGAUUGCAGGUUGCACGAUAUUCGGGAUUCUGGGGAAUCUCGCCCACGAAAUGGGCGUCUCGGACAUCGACAAAGUGGUCAAGUCCGGCGCUGGCCUGGCGUUCGUUUCCUAUCCGGAUGCGAUCGCGAAAUUCAAUGUUGUGCCGCAGCUCUUUGCGAUUCUAUUUUUCGUGAUGAUGUUCGUCCUGGGUGUCGGUAGUAUCGUGGGAAUGGUCUCGAGCGUUGUCACUGCAUUGAAAGAGAAGCUACCGAACGCGAAGAUCUGGCAGAUCGUGCUUCCAGUGUGUCUAAUGGGAUUUGCUGUCAGCACGGUUUACGUAACUCCGGGUGGCCAAUUUUUGUUGACAUUGGUCGAUUAUUACGGUACAUCGUUCGUAGUGUUCAUCCUGGCGUCCUUUGAGAUCACUGCGGUCACGUGGUUAUACGGUAUAGAGAACUUUAUAGACGAUCUCGAGUUCAUGCUCGGCAGAGGAACGAGCAGCUAUUGGAGAAUCUGUUGGUUCCUGGUGACACCUUUAAUUCUGAUAGUAAUCUUCAUUUAUACUGUCGUCACCCUGUCACCAUUGACUUACGGCGGAAAAGGAUUUCCGGUCUCCGCUCACGUAGCCGGCGCGGUUAUUUUGUGCUUCAGUGUUUUCCAAAUACCAUUCUGGAUGAUGGUGCAAAUGAUGAAAAACAGACGACUGCCGUUCAAACAGAACCUGAAAGCAUCAUUUAUGCCGACGUCAGAAUGGGGACCAAGGGGUACCAAGUCUAAGAAAGCCUGGAUCCUUUACAAGGAAGAAAAAGAAAAGGCGAGAAGUCUCAGAAGCCAGCCCAAGUGGCUUCAAUUGACGUGUAUAUUGUUCCGUGUAAAACCAAAAUAA